AUGCUGCCAGACAGACGUACAUCGGUGGAGCCCGGUGGAGCCGCAAAAUAUAAUGUGUCCACGAGGUUGUUUUUCAUCGUGGGAGAUUCCGAAGCACAAGACGAGAGAGAAAACAUUCAGGAAGAGGCCCGAAGACAUAGCGAUAUCCUGAAGGUGGGCUUUCACGAUAGUUAUUACAAUCUUACCGUCAAGCUCGUCAUGGGAUUUAAAUGGGCCUUACAAUUUUGCAAUAACAGUGAAUUCUUGAUGUCAAUGGAUGACGAUGUCAUGGUUGAUAUCGUGACCCUGGUCAACGACCUGGACGCUUUACCCCCGAAUGAUCACUCUCAAUUCGUGCUGGGAUCUAGGGUAGUGGGGUUCAGUCCAGAACGUAACGUAAAUAAUAAAUGGUACAUACCAGAGGACAUCUACCCUGAACUGGAGUUUAUCUUUAACGUCCAGUGCGGGACGCUUCAUCAGGCCGACUAUACCGACGGGUCUUUAAAAGGUUAUCAGAGAAGGGCAGUUCUUUUCCUGACGUUCAUCGACCGGAGCGCCAUGUUCACGGGUCAAGAAUCAUAUGGCGUCAAGACCAGUCGGCCCGAUGAAGCUUCCCGGAGUAAACCUGAAUCGUCGCAAGCUUAA